UUCAAUAUCCCCUUCACAACAAGCGGCUAGCUAAAACAACGACACGUAUUUUCUCAGGAUAAAACCAUAGACGAGUAUUUAAAGCACCAUGAACAACAACAAUAACAACCAGAUUCUUGACGUAUUGGAAGGAUGGCCAAGUGAUGUGUACGGCUUUUUGAGGGGGACACGGCCAAACGGAUUGAACUUGUGGGUUACUUUCAUGUCGGAGGACAAGGUCGGACUGAACGAUACAAACGACGAGAAACAAUGCAGAUUGCCUGACAUCUGGGAGGAGGAACGGAAUAAGACGGAUGAGGAGCAAAAAUGGGUUAAUGAGGAGGAGGAAGGGAUGAAUGAGGAAGAGGAACAUUACAACCCUUACAUUCGGUUGUAUGCCGACUGUGAAGAUUGGGGGUAUGGCGACGGGAUGCCUGCGGCCUGGCGACAAUAAAUCGAGUUCACAAAAACCUUAUGAGAAGUCAAUCGCGCUAGCGACAAAUGAGAUGCAGCAUGUUGAAUGCGGGGGCUGUCGGACCCGGAACCGCACCAGAAUGAAAACACCGAACUGAUGAUUUCACAAAGUAAAAAAAAAAGCCGUAUAAUUUUAUCAUAAGUCUGUAGUUCUUUCAAAGUUUGACAAUGCCCAUUGACUUAAUAUUAUUAAACGAAGUAUCAUACAGGCCCAUAUUCGUACAUUCUGUGCUUGGCUUUGAAGGUUAGUUGGAUCCAAGCGGAAGUGAACAUUUAAUAGAAACAUAUUUGUUUGUACAAAAUCUGUUCAUUCUGAGUGAUAGUAUUAAAUUCAAAUUUAAUUGUAUCAACAAAAUUUGAUAUAUCUAUUUUGAUUUUUGGUAUAUACAUUUUUCAUUUCAAUUAGGUUCUUUGUCAAAACAAUU